CUAGAGAAUAUGAAAGACACGGUGAGUUAUGCAGAGAGGGUGUUAAUAGUAAAAUAAUGAAUUGAAAGGGUCCGUUGCUGAUGGCGGGUUGCAACUUGCAAUUGCAAAAAAGCCUUCUCUUCUCUUGAAUAAUAUUUCCAUCAAUGCAAAACACAACUCCAACAACAAUUUACAGAUCCCCAACAUCACCAAUCUCUAUGUCAAUUUCCCCCAUUUUUUAAUGACAUUUCUCGAUGCAUUUCUUUUUUUUUAAAUUUCCUUAAAUCCAAAUCGCAAUUCUCACACUCACACUCUCCCCUGAACAUCAACUCUCAAGUGAAGCCUUGGCCGUUCCUGUUCUGUUCUGAGUUCUUCUAACCUUCUCCGUCUCAGAAACGAUCGAUCCCAUUCCAUACCGAUCCAUCACCUUUCAUCCUCAACCGUCCGAUUUCUGUCUCGUGUUUUCCCUCUCAUCACCAAUUCUCACGCGACCUCUUCAUCCCAAAAAAUAAUAAACACGGCCUCACGCCCAUUUGACAAAAAUUAAAACGCAGAACAGAGUAAAUACAUUUUUCCCAUGCUCCCCAUUCAUAAUUCCACAAUUACCCUCAUUGAAAUUCCAUUACACAUCUCUUUUAUUCACACAUCAUGCCUCCUUUCCCACUGCAUUCACCUACAUGAUGACCAUGACCCCCCACAAACCUAAACCACUCUCAUUCUCAUUCUUCUCCCUCAACAACAUCAUCAUCAUCAUCAAAAAACACCUAGUUCCUGAUCUCGUUAAUUGUAAAUUAGAAUGGGCUGCGGGGGCUCCAAGGUGGAGGAGUUCCCCGUGGUAACUCUCUGCAGAGAACGAAAACAGUUUCUAAAAAACGCGUCCGAACAACGCUAUGCUCUCGCCGCUGCACACCUCUCUUAUUUACAAUCCCUAAGAGAUAUCGGAAACGCUCUUCGUAAAUUCUCCGAUCAAGAUCUCUUCCUUCCAACAACUUCGACUCCUUCUUCAUCUUCGAUUUCUUCCCCUGUUCUCACAUUGCCUUCUCGUCAAGGUAAAUCCAAAAACAGUAACAGUAACAUUAACAGUAAAAACCACAUUUCAUCUUCUUCUUCACCUUCUCAUGAUGGCUCUCACUUGCAUCUUUCUUCUGGAUCUGAGUUAAGUUCUCCUGCUUCUCAUCAUGCUCACGAUCAUCGAACACCCGAACCUGAUUCAGAACCAGAACACGAGCCACCUUCUUAUUAUCAAAAUCCAUAUCCUUAUCCCCAUUCCCAAGAUUGGACUCAACCUGGAGUUAACACUUACGCUUAUUACAUGAAGAAAUCUGCACCUCAUGGAAAAUCAAUGGUUUACAAAGAACCGGAGAGCCACGUGGCAGCAUCUGGACAAUGGACUGCUGGUUCUCCUUUACCUUAUGGUUAUGGUUACUCUGGUGUUAACAGUAACGCCGGCGGUGGUUUCUUUGGUUUUCCGGCGGGGCCUUCUUCAUUUCCGCCGCCUCCACCUCCAGCUCCACCUUCGCCGCCGAGAGUCACUACUUGGGAUUUUCUCAAUUUUUUCGAUUCUGUGGAUAGCGGUUAUUCCGGUUAUGGUUAUGGAAAUUACGGUUUAGCGUCGAGUGCGAGUAGUCCUGAUUCGAAGGAAGUGAGAGAGAGAGAAGGGAUUCCUGAACUGGAAGACGAAACGGAGCAGGAAACGGUGAAGGAGAUUCGUCAUGAGAAGAAGAAAAAAGUGGGGGACAAGGAAGAGGUUUUUAAGGGUAGAGAUUUUGGUGAAGGUACUUCAAAUUCGAAGGAGGUGCCAUUGCAACAAGUGAGUAGUAGUGAGGGAAGUUCCAAAACGGUGCGGUUUCAUAGUAGCGACGGCGGUGGUGGUUCGAUUUCUUCUCAUGAAAAAACGAGUCCUGAGAGUGUUGUUUCUAAAGGGUCUCCUAGGAAGAAAGGGGUGAGUUUUGAGAUUGAUGGUAAUGAAGAUGAUAAUGUUACUACUGUGGAGAUUGAUGUUGAGUCUUCUAUGUUGAGUAGUAUAACUACUUUGUCUCCACAUGGAACUAGGGAUCUUAAAGAGGUUGUAAGGGAAAUUAGAGAUGAGUUUGAGAUUGCUUCUAAUCAUGGAAAAGAGGUUGCAUUUCUUCUCGAGGUUUGCAAACCACCUUAUCGACCAAGGCUUGCUGCAUUUAGAGCUAUCUUAUUGAGGAUCUUGCAGAUUCUUGCACCUUCUAGGUCACCUUUGAAUCCGCCAUCUGCCCCACCAGUACAAUUUUCCUCUAGGACAAUGAAAUUGGCAAAAGCAUACUGCGGGGAACCAGAGAAAGAGUUAAAACCUAUUCCGGAAAACCUUUCAUCUACAUUGGAGAAACUUUAUGAAUGGGAAAAGAAAUUGUACAAGGAAGUUAAGGAUGAAGAGAGAUUAAGAGCUAUUUACGAGAAACAAUACAAGCGAUUGAAAGCAUUGGAUAAUCGAGGAGCUGAAGCUACUAAAAUAGAUGCUACUGAGGCAUCAAUAAGAAAGUUGCUAACAAAAUUAAACAUUUGUAUCAGAAGUGUUGAAACUAUAUCAGGGAGGAUACAAAAAUUGAGGGAUGAAGAAUUGCAGCCUCAGCUUGCAGCCCUAAUUAACGGAUUGAUAAGAAUGUGGAAAUUCAUGCUCCAAUGCCACCAGAAACAGUUCCAUGCUAUCAUGGACAGUAAAACUCAAUCUCUCAAGUUAAACACUGGUUUGCAAGGAGAUGAAGGUUUGAAAGCCAUUAACGAACUCGAAAGGGAGCUUCUGAAUUGGUGCAGUCAGUUCAACAAUUGGGUUAGGACUCAAAAAUCUUAUGUUGAAAAUUUGAAUGGGUGGCUCAUAAGGUGCCUUCUUGAUGAACCUGAAGAAACAGCUGAUGGUGUUGUCCCUUUCUCUCCAAGUAGGAUUGGAGCUCCACCAGCUUUCAUAAUCUGCAAUGAUUGGCAUCAAGCAAUGAAUAGAAUUUCCGAAAGAGGGGUGGCAGAUGCUAUGGGCGAAUUUGCCCAAAAACUACACGAGCUAUGGGAGAGACAAGAUGAGGAACAAAGGCGUAAAAUCAGGGCAGAGUAUCUCACAGAGGAUUUUGAGAAACAACUUAGAACUUUGCGCACCGAAAUGGCAGGCUCGGAACAUGAGCACGACAAAGUUUCAGGGAAGACUACAUUGUCGAAGUUUACUUCUGAUAGUGGUAUUUCGCCACUGGAUGAUCUUAAGGUGGAUUUAGACUCUAUGAAGAAGAGAUUGCAUGAAGAGAGGGCCAAACAUAAAGAAGCCGUUAAACUUGUCCGCGAUGCAGCUUCUAACAGUUUACAAGGUGGUUUGAUUCCCAUUUUUAAGACAUUAGAAAGUUUCACUUCGGAGGUGGUGAAAGCUCAUGAGCAAGUCAGACUUCAAAAUGCCACAGCUACGUAGUAGUGGUGAUUGAUUGGGGGAAUUUGGAGAGUAAAUGGAAGAUUUAAAACUAACCACCAGUUUUGCAGCUAGAGCUAAUUUUGUUAUGUAGGAAAGAACCUCUUAAGACUCCCUAUAGAGGUUUGAUUAGAUCCGGUAACGAAGGCCUUGUUGGGUGCCUAAAUGUCAGGACAUGGUUAAUCUUGAAUUCAGCUCCUGUAACACCCAAUCUACAGUUAGGUAAAACUUUGUACAGAAUAAUUCAUUUAUUAAUUGAUUGGUUGUAGGUGAUUGUAUAUAUGCUGUUUAAAAUGUCUAGGAGUUGAAUCUUAGCAGGAGGAAGCAAGGGAUUUUAAUAGAAGUUCCAAGAAUGAUCUAGUUAAUUAACUGAAACAUGCUUUAAUUUCCUGCA